AUGGGCUCCAUUACUGCAUUGAAUGAACUCGACGACAAGCGUAUCAAGAUUAUCAAGCCUUUGAUCCCUCCCCAGAUCCUCAUGGAGGACAUUCCGCUGACUCUUAAAGCAGCUCAAACCAUUGUUGAAGGCCGACAAGCUGCUGAAAACGUUAUCAAGGGUCAGGAUGAUCGCUUGCUUGUGGUUGUGGGUCCUUGCUCUAUCCAUGAUGUCAAAGCCGCCAAGGAAUACGCUUCGCGAUUGAUCGAAUACGCCAAGGGUGCCAAAGACGAAUUGCUCAUCAUCAUGCGCGUCUACUUUGAGAAACCACGUACAACCGUUGGUUGGAAGGGCUUGAUCAAUGAUCCUCAAUUGAAUAACAGCUAUGAGAUCAACAAGGGUCUUCGUAUUGCUCGCCAAUUGUUGUUGGAUUUGAAUGAAGCUGGCAUUCCUACCGGUUGUGAAUUCUUGGAUACUAUCUCUCCUCAAUACACUGGUGAUCUUGUUUCUUGGGGUGCUAUUGGUGCUCGUACAACUGAAUCCCAGGUGCAUCGUGAACUUGCUUCUGGUCUUUCAUGCCCUGUUGGUUUCAAGAAUGGUACCGAUGGUGGUGUAACUGUGGCUAUGGAUGCCAUCAAGGCCGCCAGCAAUGGUCAUCAUUUCCUUUCUGUGACCAAGCAAGGCUUGUCCGCCAUUGUUCAAACCGGUGGUAACGAUGCAUGUCACGUCAUCUUGCGUGGUGGCAAGGGUGGUCCCAACUAUGAUGCUGCCUCUGUUCAAAAGUGCGCUGAAGCCCUUUCCAAUGCCAAGCUUUCUCCCGUUGUCAUGGUGGAUUGUAGCCAUGGCAACAGCAGCAAGGAUCACAAUCGUCAGCCUUUGGUUGCCGAGGAUAUUGCACGUCAACUUGCUGAACCCAAGGUGACCGGUGACAACAUCAUUGGUGUGAUGAUUGAAUCUCAUUUGGUUGAAGGUCGUCAAGAUAUUCCAAGUGAAGGAGCUCAUCGUUUGACUUAUGGUCAGAGUAUCACAGAUGCAUGCAUAAACUGGGAGACGACCGUAAAAACCCUUGAUACCCUUAGAGAAGGUGUUCGUGCUAGACGUGCUGCCCGACGUGCCUAA